AUGUUCAAGCUCGUGGUAUUGUCCGCUCUCCUCGCCGCCGCGGCCGCCGAGCCGGGCUUCUUCUCCGCCCCGCUGGCGCCUGUCGCUUACGCGGCGACCUUAGCGGCUCCAGCCACCACCACCUACGUGCAGCAGACACGAAGCUACAUCCCGGCGCCCACGGUCUACUCGGAGCUGUCGUUCCCCCACUUUAUCAAGAAGCGCUCGGCGUCAUUGUACAACGGCUACGUGGCCCCUACUGCCUACGUCGCCAGCGCUCCCGUGGUAGCCCCCUACGCCUCGACAUACAUCGCCCGCGCCCCGAUCGCCGCCUACUCGUCCGCCGUGCUGCCCACGUAUGCUGCACCAACACACUUCAUCAAGAAGCGUUCAGCAUCCAUCCCUUACAUCGCUCCAGCUCCCCUGGCAUCUACUUACGUAGCGUCCGCCCCACUGACCACCACUUACUCCACAGCCAUCCUCCCCAGCGCAUCCUACUAUCCGUCGUACUACACCGGCUACCCCUCAGUUUUGCCUCUGAUCAAGAAA